CUGCAGUGUCAGCUUCACCGCCAGUCCACACAUGCGCAGUCUUUGUCUGUGUUGUAUUAAAUAAAGCCAGGCCGACCUGUUGUAAGGGCCUCGCAUUUUUUAAUUGUAUUUUUCUAUGGUUUUCUGAUGAGAUCCAUUGUACUCGUCUGUCUCCUCGCUACAUGGCCGGGUCCGGUGUCUCUUGGUCGGAGAGAGCUGUGCGGCUCCUACGGAGAAUGAAUAGCUUUUACUCAGCAGGAUCCAGCAGAUGUCAGUGCUGGCACUUCAGUGUUGGGGGUAUGGAGGUGGGUCUAGUGCCCCCUGCAGUCGUGGAGCAGCUGCGCAGGUUUCCGGACGUGUUCAGUUUCAAGGAGGAGAAGAGGCUGGAGCUGAACCCCGGUCUUGCCUCCUACCAUGAUAGAUCGUCCGCGAUGGACAGAGUGCUGCAGAGACUGAGGGAGGAGGAGAGAUUCACCUGCCUACAGGGCUGGAGGGACGAGAAAUACGAAGUGAUGCCUCAGUUCUCUGAUCCGCCGUUGAUGUGUAUGGAGAGAGCAGCCACCAGUCUGUUUGGAGUCAAGCGCUACGGAGUGCAUGUCAAUGGCUUCACCAGACAGCCAGACGGACAGCUGGCUAUGUGGGUGGCUCGGAGGUCUCUUAGCAAACAGACAUACCCAGGACUGCUGGACAACAUGGUUGCAGGGGGAAUCGCAUCCCAGAAAGGAAUUAGAGACACUCUUAUUAAAGAAUGCGCCGAGGAGGCCAGUAUCCCAGAGUGCAUUGCAGCUGCAGCCCGGCCCGUCGGCACCGUCAGCUACACCUAUGAGGAUGGCGAGGGGGUUUUCUCGGAGUGCCAGUUUGUGUUUGAUCUGGAGGUCUCGAGUGACUUCAGCCCCAGUGUGGGGGAUGGAGAGGUGCACCAAUUUUACCUGUGGCCUAUUGAAAAGGUGAAAGAUGCCCUCAUCACGGAGGAGUUUAAACAGAACUGUGCACUGGUGGUACUGGACUUCCUGAUCAGACACUCCUACCUGCACCCGGACACAGAGCCAAACUACCUGGAGCUGGUGGUGGGUCUGCACAGGCCUUUGUGAUGAGAAGACAGAGAGAUCCACACAAGGGGCUGAGCUCUCCUGUAUUUCACCUCACAAAUACAAGAACUGAGAAUCCCUGUGUUACAAUAACAUUAAUUUAGCUCUCGUUAGCAUUAGCAGGGGUCACCUUAUUGUUUAGGUUACUACCCUCUCUAAUUAUUUUUAAUGACGAUAUACAGAAUUCGUUCACUAUUAGAAAAACAGCUGCUUACACCUUUACAAGGUCUGUAACUGUAACAAACAAGCUGUAUAUUUAUUUUUACACCGGUGUAAUGUGCCUAAAAUCAAUCUACUUACAUAGAUGUAAUAUUUUAAUACAACAAACAACCACAAUCAAAUGUCACUGCAAUUUAAAGUAUUCAAAUACAACAAUAAACUACUGACCUGUAAAAUAUUAUUUCUUAUCAGAGUCAGAACUAGCAACUAGUCUGUAUAACUAACUCUAUUAGGACCAUGCAUUUUGUUUUAUUUAUGUAACUAGAUUCUGUUUCUUGUACAAAACACAACCCCCAAAUUCUGGCUUGAGCAAGUAAUAAUAUAGAGGGGUGGCUAAGCAUUGCAUCAUAGGUGAUACAGAAAUGGGCAUUACAGGG